UGAAAACAAAAAACAAACUAUAUAAGUUCAUUGUGAUGUUUACGUCUACGUCUCUUACUUUCUCAUAUUAUGUUUAAUAAUUAGAGAAAUAAAAACAUUUUAUAAUGAAUCGUCAACCUCAAUCGUACGGGGCAAUUUCCACGAGUGCAGAUGUAGGGUUCAGUGACAGAAUUUCUAGUGAAUUUAAUAGUUACACUGACAAUGUAGUAACCAACAUAUACACGAUAAAUUCCAGCAUAAAAACGUUAGAAAACGCAUUAAAAUUAAUUGGAACAAAGAAAGAUACUCAUGGGGUGCGAAAUAAAGUGCAUGUUACUCAGUUGAGCACUAAUCAAAUAGCCUCCGUUACCAGCAAAGAUAUAAGUAGAUUAAAACAGCUCGUCGCCAAAGGGGAUAAACAAAGGCAACUUCAAGUCGAAAAACUAGAAGGGAACUUCAAAGAUACAAUAAGCAGAUAUCACACCUUACAAAAGUCUGUGGCGGAAAAACAAAAAUCCAACCUGUUACUGCCUUCCGUUAGCGUGGACGAAAGCGAACAGAAUUGGAAUAAUGAUAACGAGCAACAGCUCCAAGCUCAGAAAACGAGAGAACUGGCGUUCGAACAGGACCUGCUCGUGGAAAGGGAAACUAGGAUAAGACAGAUCGAAUCCGAUAUAUUGGACGUGAAUCAGAUUAUGCGAGAUUUGGGCGCUCUUGUGCACACUCAGGGCGAAACGAUAGAUACGAUUGAAAACAGUAUUGAUCACGCGGCGGGAAAUGUAGAAGAGGGUGCUGAGCACUUGGUUAAAGCUUCUCGAUAUCAGACAAGGUACAGGAAAAAAUUGUUCAUUCUCGUUGGUAUUGCGGCCGUUAUCGCUAUCAUUUUAAUAAUCAUUUUAGUAGUGCAAUUCAAAAAGUGAAUUUUUAUAACCGGGUAGAAUUUUAAUUGUAUAUUUAUCUUAUUUUACUUAUUUAAAAACAUUAAAACGUUACGCAAUUAUUUUGUUAUUAAAUAGGGCUAGAAUUGUCGAAUAAUUUUCAGUUGAUUUGAGUCGGCUAAGUUAAGUGUUAAAAUUGUUACGAGCAUGUAUGUGACCUAUUUAAUAUUAAUUACACAUUUUAUAUUUCCACAAGCA